AUGGACGGAGAAAGAAACUUAUUUUGGUGCCCGGCUCAAAGUUUUGAUUGGUAUAAAAAGUGCGGUGAUGUAGUCGUGUUCGAUACCACUUACAAAGUCAAUGCAUAUGACAUGCCUUGUGGGAUUUUUGUUGCGAUCGACAAUCAUGGAAAAACUAUUUUGUUCGGGUGUGCACUCCUCCGCAAUGAGACAACUGCUACUUUUUCAUGGUUAAUGAAGAAUCCACCAAAGACCAUUAUCACUGAUCAAGACCCUUGGAUGUCUAAAGCAAUUGCAUUAGAAAUGCCAACUACAAAACAUAGCUAUUGUAUAUGGCAUAUCACAUCGAAAUUUAGCUCUUGGUUUGUAGCUCUUCUACGAGAGGAUUAUCAAAAAUGGGAAGAGUUUGAACGUAGUUGGACUCUGAUUAUUGCAAAGUACUAUUUGCAAGAAAAUAAACAUGUCCAUGGCUUGUACAAUGUGAGAUAUUUUUGGGCACCAACUUAUCUUAGAGAUAAUUUUUUCGGAGGCAUGAUAACCAAUGGAAGAUCAGAGAGCAUCAACGCUUUUAUUAAGAGAUUUGUUUCCUCUCAUGUAUCUUUGGUUGAUUUUGUGAAACAGGUGGCCCUAGUUGUUCAAGAAAUUUGUCAAGGACACUCACAUAGCAAUAUGGUUGCUACACUUAGACCCAUCACAAUGAAAACAAAGUCACCCUUAGAAGGUCAAGCUCUUGAAGUCUUUACUCCAUUUGCCUUCAAAAAGUUUCAAGAUGAAUUUUCUGCAUCUAGUCAGUAUUCUAUUACCCAUGUGGAAGGUAUACUUUGUCGUCAUAUAUUUCGGGUGUUGUUGCAUAAUGAUUGUUUCAAGAUUCCUUCUGCCUACCUACCUCAAAGAUGGCAUUUUGAUACAUUGCAAAUUACUACUGGAAAUCAUGAGGUAACAAGGGAUGACAUAAUUCUCAAAGAAGAAUUUGAAACUUUACACAAUGACAUUGGAGAUAGCGGGGUGAAUGUACUAUGUCCUCCCAAAUGCAAAACAAAGGGUCGUCCACCAAAGAGGCGAGAACAGGGUGGAAAAGAAUUGGGGAAGAAGAAAAUUAAGAGUUGUUCUAUAUGUAAGCAGCCCGGCCAUACUAAACCAACAUGUCCUCACAAAGAAAAUGUUUUUUCUUUGAAUAAUAUGAAUGAAGAUGCUACAUCUACCUCACCAAAGCAAAAGAAACAAAAGAUGAUGGCGGCAGAUUUAGGAUUAAAUCCUAUCUUUACUCUGAAAUGCUAG